AUGAAAUUCUGUGACAUUACUGCGUCAGAAGGACACAGCAGCGAUCCUCAGGAAUUUGUGGUAUACAGCGACAACAUAAUCCAGCGACCCGCUAAUGAUGUUACUCAGCAAUGGCAAUCCAUUCCUUUCGACACCUCCACCCCUGUCCAAGAUGUCGAUCCCUUGGAACGCAUGCUACCUCACUUCCCUGGAGCUUAUGCCACCACUGUUACUCGACCUCCUAUGGGUGUUCCUAUUGAUGGCAACCCUGCAUUCGGAUUACGACGGGUGUCGACAACUGCAGCAGAUGUCCUUCAAAUGACAGAAUCUGUGGGAAACUGGAACCAAUCAGAUAGAGAAUGGGAGGAGGACACUUGGGAGUAUCUGCUGACGCGGGAUGAUAAUUUGUUGGAAAGACUUUGGGCCUCGCUACAAGACAUCAAGGAUCCUGGAGUGACUGAUAAAGUCAAUCGCUUCAGGGCUGUUGACGCCAAAAUCGACUUACUACUGGCUACACGACGAUCGAGGAACACCUUGAACAACAUGAGUUCUCAAUUAUCACUCCUCCCUCUGGUGCCAUGCCUCGCCAUCUUCGCUUCUGUACUAAAUGCGAAACCGAUGGUCACCUUCAAAGUGAGUGUUGGCACUGGCUAUGCUCUUAUUGCGGACUCCUCCAUCCUCGUCACCAAUUCCGCACCCAUGCCGACAUCCAGCCUGGACAACUCCCCUGUCCUACGGACAAACCCGGAUACCUACAGGAGCGUCGCGCUCAAUGGAAACUCUGACGACGAAUCUAGAGAGGGGGGUAAUGUUACAGCUUUGAGGGGGGGUUUUUCUUUCGUUUCCUACCAUUCAUCAUUAACCCUGUAA